GAUCUAAGAUUUUAUCACUGCUGCCUUUCUUUCUCUUUCUUUCAAGAUUUGCUUCAACACUUGCUUGUGGUUAUGCCAUAGCCUAUCAGCUUAUAAUCGAAUUCUUAGUGAUUAAAAGCCAUUUACAAUGCGUUAUCAGAAUUGGGAUGUUCUCAUGUUUCCACAUGAACUAUGCAAGAUCCCAUUGCAAGAGUUCAAGACUUCCUGUCAAGUUGUUCAGGACCCCGAAGUCCAUUACUCGCAGACCACUGCUCUACUGAUCCCUACGGUUACUUGUUUCAUUCCAAGCUUACCUGCUGGAGAGUCCUUCCGAAUUUCUAUCCACUCUUGGCAAAAUCCCGAAGCCAGCCGCUAUGUACAUCAUAUAAGCAGCAGACAUGCGGAACGUGUUAUGUUUGAAGCUCGUGUAUUUGUCGAUGGACAGAUUGCUGGUACCAAACUCUUUCAUCGAAACGGCCCGUGGCCAACAGUUCUCGAAACUAGUGUUGAGUUCGAUAAACAGGGAGAUUGCAAAAAACUCGAGUUUCCUGCCUUUCAUCGAGAACUUCUAUCGCAAAGUUAUUGGAACCCCGGAGACGACCUUGGACGUGUAAAGGUAGUGGUAUCGGAAGGUAUUCCAAGAGACAAUAUUUCUAUGCCUUUCGAGCGUAUGAAGAACUUAGUGGCUUUCUCGUUUCAGCAUGCUCCAUUAGACGUUUUGGAAGCCUCUUCGAUUGCAUGGCCAAAUGCGGCCAUGUGGCGCCAGGUGGCUCUUGUUGCACCUCUCUACAAUCAACAUCCAUCGCCGAAACAGGUUGAAGAAGAUGACGAGGCUCAUGCCCAUUCUCCACGAAAGUCACAAAACAUUGGUUUCUUGUCUUCGCAGUCAAACUCUAUGCCACCACCACCGGCACCAUUCUCAAAACCUCCAAACUUCGACCCAUUCACUUCUGAUCCAACACGUCCUGCCUUUGCAGGCUGGCGUCGUCAAGGGGUCUCGACCGAUACUUCUAUGCCAGAUCUUUCAAUCGAUUCUAGUGUACAGACAGGUAGUAUUCGAAACGUAUCAGAUCCUAUGAUAAUCGAGAAGGCAUCUCGAAACAAUGAUAUGCAGAGUACGGGCGCAUAUGAAUCGCUCUGUGAAGCAUUAUUGCCCCCUGUACCUGUUAAUACACCACAGAAUGGAUCUGAAUUGACCUCAGCAAACACAAUGUCACUUCGACAGUCGUCUUUGCAAAGAGGUACUAGCAGAGUAGGCCCCGUCGAUCGUGUACCAAUACCACGUGCAAUCGGUGCACUGGAUGCACCCGAAGGACUAGUAUCUCAAAUUGAAGAGGCUCGACUCCGUGACACCAGAAGAUUGGAUUCUUCUUCGCAGAGUUGCGCCAACAAGGAGAACGAAAAUCUAAGUCCAGCAGCCUUAUCGGAAAUCACUGGCCCUAACAAUCAGCGAACUGCAAGUGAUGGUUCCACUAGAAGGACUUCCAAUCUUUUUACAUCCACCAAUGCAAUUGGCACUAAAAGACAAAGGAACGUUACCCCUGCAUCCUCAAAGGCCAUUGACGAUGAGGAUGAGCCAAGGUCCUCUCCCUCGUUGAGAAAGGCCUCGAGGCAAUCGAAUGCCAGUGGGAAUGGGAGGGGAAAGGAUAUUGAAAGAAGAGUUUUAAGUAACGUUGAUAAUGCUUAAGGAGAGAAGCAAACCAUGAGGAGGAUGUGGAACAUGAGGUGUAGUCCAGAGUUCGAGUUUCUGUUAUAUUUGAUGGAGAAACCUAGGAGACUUGGGCAUAGGUGGACUAAGUAUUGCUCGCUAUUCAUUUGGGUUUGGUUUUGUCAAUCAUGGUAUGAGAUUCCAAUGCGUUCAUUUCUUGUCAUGCAAAUUAUUGCUAUCAUUGUUGAUAUCGUUGUUAUUGUUUUUGUCUGUUUGUUGUUAUUUUCUUUUCAAGGGAGGGCGCGAACUUGUUUGUUCGGUUGAUUCAAUUACUCGAGGGAAAGCAGGAAUGGCAGUAUAUCCGGUAAUAAUGAGUAAAUUUUUAACA